AUGGGGAGUAUUCCGGCUGCCAAAAAGGGUAAUACAAAAGGUCCAUUAGAUAUAGAGUUUUAUCAAAAUCUUGAGGUAACAUUGGGAAAAAGAAAACAAACAAAUAUGAAAGAUUUUGAUAAGAAAGCAAGAGAAACGGCUAAUCAAUAUAUAGCACGCUUUUUUUACCUGAAUGGAAUUGCGUUCAACGUUGCAAAAUCAAAAAGUUUCAAAUUAAUGGUUGAAGCAAUUGGUCAAUAUGGUCCUAAGUUGAAGCCUCCUUCUUGUCAUGAGUUGAGAAACCCAUGUCUUAACAAAGAGUUGGAAAAUACAUAUAAAAUGUUGGAGACUAAUAAGGCGGAAGCGGCAAAAUAUGGUUGCUCCAUAAUGUCCGAUGGUUGGACGGAUACAAAGGGAAGAACAUUGAUUAACUUUUUAAUCAACUCUCCGGCAAGUACUAUGUUUAUUAAGAGUAUUGAUGCUUCCUCAUAUGUGAAAAGCGGAAAAUCAAUUUUUGAGAUGUUGGAUAAAUUUGUUGGGGAGAUUGGCGAAAGCAGUGUUGUUCAGUUGGUUACCAACAACGGGAGAAAUUAUGUUUUGGCUGGUAAACUUCUUCAAGCUUCGAGACCGAAAAUCUUUUGGACUCCAUGUGUUGCACACUGCAUAGAUUUAAUACUAGAAGAGAUUGGAAAGAUUCCAAAAGUAAAGAAGGUUGUAGCACAAGGAAUUAGUCUUGUGGGGUUCAUCUAUAACCAUUCUUUGGUUUUGAAUUUAUUGUGGGAGAAAGCUGAAAUGGAGUUGAUUAGACAUGGAGUCACAAGUGAUGAAGCCAAGGGUAGGAAGGCAACUGCUAUUGUUCUUCAAAUCUCAUUUUGGGAGGAUAUUGUUCAUGCUCUUAAAGCUAUGGGGCCUCUUAUAAAAGUACUUAGGCUUGUUUAUAAUGAAAAAAUCCCUGCAAUGGGUUUCGUAUAUCAAGCAAUGGUGGAUGCAAGGAAUCAAAUUAAGAAAAACUUCGGUGACAAUGAAAGCAAGUACAAACCAAUCCUUGAAAUUGUUGACAGAAGGUGGAGUGUUCAACUACAUCAUCUGUUGUAUGCAGCUGGACAUUAUCUGAAUCCGAAGCACUUUUAUGACAAUCCACAAAUGGAGAAUGAUGAUUUGUUGUUGGAUGGCCUUUAUGAAUGCAUUAGAAAGCUUUCUUCUUCUCCUGAAAAUAUGGAUGACAUUCAUAGAGAAUUGUCAAAGUAUAAGGCUUGUGCGGGUAAAUUUAGAUUGAAAGAAGCAAUAAGGCACAGAGAGGAUAAGCAUACAUCUCUUGCUGAGUGGUGGAAGAGGUAUGGAUCAAAAACAUCAAAUUUGCAGCUACUUGCUAUUAAAAUAUUGAGUUUGACUUGUAGCUCAUCGGGGCGUGAGAGGAAUUGGAGUACUUUUGAGCAUAUUCACUCCAAGAAAAGAAAUAGGCUUAAACAUGAGAUGUUGCAAAAAUUGGUUUUUGUUAAGUACAACCAAACUUUGAAGGAACACCGUGAAAGUGAUGAAUAUAUUGAUCCGGUGAUCAUGGAUGAUCCUGAAAUUAAUGUUGGUAGAGAAUGGUUAUUGGGCGAUGAAGUUCGUGUUCGUGAAGGUCAAAGUGAGGUUGUUUAUGAUGAUGAUGAUUUAGGUUUGCUAGAUGUUGAAGAGGCGAGUGGUGCUGCCGAGCCCAUAUUCAACACUAGGAGCCAAGCAGCUUUGCUGAAGGCAGUUGCAACUGCUACAACUCAUGCAGCUCCUCCCCCAUCAAAAUCUAAGGGAAAGCAAGGGGCAAAAGUUUCUAACGGAAAAGGAAAGCAAGGGGAAAAAGUUUCUAAGGGAAGAGGAAAGCAAGUGGUAGUAGUUGACGAAUAUGAUCUAGAAUUUGUUAAUGAUUGGGGGGAUGAAGAAAAAGAGGAUGAAGAGGGAGAUAUUGAAGACAAAGAGGAUGAGGCAAAGCACAUGAAUGAUGGUGGAAAUGGAAGUGAUAAUGAAGAUUUUCAUGAUUAUUGA